CCAUUUUAUGGCACGCGUUUGACGCAUUUGUUAAAAUUUUCGACUUUUCGUGACAGCACGUCAAUUUCGACAUUUGAUUGAUAAUUUUCUAAAGAUCCAUCAAAUUAGUUUGUUUGAAAGUUGGUUUGGGCGCUAAAUGUUAUUAUUUCGCUGUUUCAACUUUAAUACAAUGAUGUGAUUGUGAGGUGUCCAUUUUUGGUUGCGCGCUUGUAUCCCAUAAUGAGUGCUCUAAAGUGUGUGGUUGAAGGCUGCAAUUUAGAGUACGAUGUAGUCUGCAGCUUCUCCUUCUACAAUGCAAACAUAUCUACGGACAAUGAAGGCAAACGCCAGGACUGGAUUGAGGGUGCUAUGCACGAGGAGAGCGAGUGCCUGUGGAGGCAUGUCAGCCUCCAACUAUGCGGUUACCACUUCGAGUUGGACAACCAAGGACUUUGGAUCGACUCGCCCAUGCUACCUGAAUUGCUUACACAACAGGAAAAGAAUGCUCCCGUCAUUCAAUCGCCGAACGAUAAGAAAAGCGCUGUGAGGGGCCCGUCCUAUCAAGGCCUAUUCGAAAAGUUCAUAGGAGGAGUCCCAAAAGUGGCUGAAAUAAUCCGGAUGGAGCACAACUACAGUGUUGAGCCGAUCAAGGAAAAAGUGGAAAGUGUGUCCAGACUGAAUGUCAGACAACUCGUCGAUACUUUAGGAUACCUAUCCAUGAAGAAUCUGCAGAGGAAACAGCUGUGGGUGGUGAAGGUUGAGACGGACAAGGCUGAAGCCUCCAUCACGCAGUCCGAGCAGGUGAUCACUAAAAUGCCCGACCCCAGGCAGAUUAUUGAGAUAAUCCCCCAAACGUCAACAUCAUCAACAGCGGCUGAACCGCAGAACUCCGAAGUUCUUCAAAUCAUGGAUGACAGCUCCAUAGCAGACAACUUCAUAUACGAGAUCGCUGAAGAACAGGAAAUAACCAUGGAAGAGGUCAAGGAGAUACCAGCCACCAGCACUGAGAACCCUGAGUGGACCGUUAACAUCUUACCGGAUGACACGAAACCCAAAUAUGCAUACAUCAAACACUGUGCAACGGGCAAGAAAAAAAGGCAUUUCACAGCAGAUAUGAACGAAAUCACCCUACAGGGUGAUUUUGAAAAUUACUACAUACUACCAGACGUUGAUCCGUCCGUAGGUGUAGAAAUUACUACAAGCUAUGAACCGGAGAAUUAUAUUGUUGAGGAAUACCAGCAUUUGGUACUCGAUGAACGACCAAAGAAACGGUCUAAAGAUGAUUCCGGAAGGAAAAAGAAGAAACGCUUGUCUUCUAACCCGGCUGUGAAAGAGGAACCCGGGGAUUGGGUGAUUGAAAACAAUAUUGUCUAUGAGCAGGAUGAAGACUAUGAUGAUCCCAAAAAGGUUGCUUCAAGAGUUAGAAGAAAAAAUAAAAAAUAUCUAGGCUAUGAUUUUGUCACAUAAGGUUUUUUUUUGGACGGUCGGCAUUUGAUUUUGGGUUUUUUGAGCUUUUUGCGAGGUAGGUGGGAUUUUUUUGGAAAAUUUUUACGAAAUGUAUGCUCAGUAGUCUUAAAGGUGCAUUUUUAAUUCUUGUUGCCGACUGCAUGAAGUCGGCCGCAGCUGCACUACUGGUUUCUAUGUAUUGACAUGAAACCGUUUUGUAUCGAAGCGGCAGCAGCACGUGCAGUCGGCAGCUAGCAUUCAAAAUGAACCAUUAUAUUAAUGAAAUAACAUUCAAUGAUUAUAAGGUACAAGCCUGCAAAGUGCUAAAUUCGACUCCUGGGUCUCGAUAAUGUUACUAGGAGCAUCGCUAAUUAACUUUGCAAUUCUGAAGUUAGUCAUUUGUCGCCUCAUGCAUGCGUAGUAAUGCUUUGCUCAUAUUUUUUUGACAAUUGUGAAGUCCUAACUUCGUUACGUUAAACUGUAGGUCCCGGCUGUCAUUGAACAUCCUUGGCAGUCGUUACGGGUAGUCAAGCCAGUAAGUCUGACGCCAGUCUAACCAAGGGGUGUCGGGUUGCCCGGAUAAUUGGGUUGAGGAGGUCAGAUAGGGCAGUCGCUUCUUGUAAAGCACUGGUACUCAGCUGAAUCCGGUUAGACUGGAAGCCGACCCCAAUAUGGUUGGGUUUUUCCCAGUUGACUCGGAGGAUGAUGAUGUGAAGUCCUAUCUUCGAACAAGCAAACCUUUUCGAUAAUAUCUGUACGAACCAAUGCGUAGAGUCAAAUGACUAACUUCUGGCUGGUUUUUCAAAAAAAUGUCAUCUACCUACAAAAAGUAAGGUUAUAUUUCAAAAUACGAGUUGGUUAUUACUCUUUUAACUGUAAAAAAUAUACAUACAUAUAAAAUAAUUAAAGGUAUGAUUUUCUUGGUAUUUUAAAAAUACUUUUUCUUGACUUAUGAGCGAUCCCAAUAUUCAGUCUAUCUUUUGUUUAUUACUAGGGAUAGAAUUUUGGCAUUAGCCCCAUACUAGAAGGUAAUAUUAAAAUCCUAUCUCUAGCAAUCAACUAACAGAUAGAUUCAUUAUUGGGUAUGGCCUUUAACAUUCGAGCAAUUUCGAUGUUUUAUCUCACUGGUCAAUAUUAUACUUAAAAGUUUAGAUUUCACAAAAACAGAGCGAAAAAGUAUUUAAACAAUCAACAGAAUUUCGUUAUUAAAACAUCUCGACUAUCAUUUGAACAUCUUUGGCAGUCGUUACGGGUAGUCAGAAGCCAGUCUGACAACCAGUCUCACCUAGAGGUAUUGGGUUGCCCGGGUGACUGGGGAGGAGGUCAGAUAGGCAGUUGCUCCUUGUGGCACACUGGUACUCAGCUACAUCCGGUUAGACUGGAAGCCGACCCCAAUAUAGUUGAGAAAGAAGCUAGGCAGAUGAUGAAACAUCUCGUCUUCGCCCAUUCAGUAGUGUACCUGAUUGGAAAAAAUCUAUUUGUACUAAGUUUCAAACACAAAUCUUUUAUCUUCACACCUUUACUAAUAAUAUUAAAAAGCUGUAGAGUUUGUUUGUUUGAAUCCGUUAAUCUCAGGGACUACUGGACCGUUUGAAAAAAUCUUUCAGUGUUAGAUAGCACGUUUAUCGAGGAAAGUUAUAGACUAAACGUAGUUCCCUCGAGACGCGGGUGAAACUGCGGGGAAAAGCUAGUAUAUACAUAGAUUUUAAUUUUAGAUAAACUUAGGUUUCUAUAAAUAACUUGAAAUCAAAUGUCGACAUGAAAAUAAUAAUAUUUAAGGUUUUGUUUAAAAUUUUAUGCAAUUUAGUGCUUUGUUUUUUGGUUAAACAGUGAAAUGGUUUGAUGUUUAACUGUGGGAUUUAACUGGAUUAGUUAACUGCUUGACUAACUUACAGUUUAAAAGUUAACUAUACGAAAAUAACAGGCUGGUAUGGUAAGGGAAAUUGACAGAAUUGUGACAGAUAUACAUAAUACUAAAAAUAUAUCAAAAGUAUUGCAAUAUUCGCGUCUGCAUAUCUGAUUGCGCUAUAUGCAAAAUACCACUGAACAAUUUUCAUCAGAGAUAGAAUAGCAAGUAGAUCAUUCAUACUUUAUCUCUGAGAAAUAAUUUGAAAAACAAAACAGCUGACGAUUUUUUACCCAACUGCCAAGAAGUGCUAUGUUUUUCGCGCAUAUCUUGUCAGCUUGAAUUUGACGAAUUCGUUACAAUUUUCAGGAAUUUUCAGUAGCCCAUAGUUAAAUAUCAAGCCUUAUCGAGUGCCUACCAAUAUAGUUUUUUUUUUCAUGAAUUAUAAGAAAAUUUAGCAAAAUAAAAUCAGAUAAUAUUA